ACUGCUAUCCUAAUCCUUAUGCGUAAUCUCUAUCCAUAUUUCCGAAGUCAAGCAUCUUUCUUCGGCACUCUCUAAUCAAAGUCUUCUCAAAUCCCCCUUCCAGAGCCUUCGCUAACCCUCGUGUUAAUGGCUUCGGAUCUGGAGACGAGGGCCAAGGAGGCCUUCAUCGACGAUCAUUUCGAACUCGCCGUCGAUCUUUACUCUCAGGCCAUCGACAUGGACUCUAAGAACCCCGAGCUCUUCGCCGACCGUGCUCAGGCCAACAUCAAGCUCAACAACUUCACCGAGGCUGUUGCUGAUGCUAAAAGAGCAAUUGAGUUGAAUCCUUCUAUGGCCAAAGCAUAUUUGCGUAAAGGUAUGGCUUGCUUCAAACUUGAAGAAUAUGAGACUGCUAGAGAAGCUUUGGAAAAAGGUGCUGCUUUGGCACCGGGAGAUUCCAGAUUCACUGAUUUGAUUGAAAAAUGUGACAAACGCAUUGCUGAGGAAGCUGUUGAUCUGCAAAAGCAGUCGGAAAAAGUCAGAAACAACAUGUUGUCUUCUCCUGGGCUCAAUGCAUCAGAUGAAACUAUUGUAGCUGCAGCAGAUGCUGAGCCAGUAAAUGACCUUUCUGAUCAGGUGGCGAUGGCCAUGUCAGCUAAACCUAAAUACAGGCAUGAAUACUAUCAAAAGGCCGAGGAAGUUGUUGUAACUAUAUUUGCAAAGGGCAUACCAGCUAGCAACGUUGACGUUGAAUUUGGUGAACAAAUAUUGAGUGUUACCAUUGAUGUUCCGGGUGAGAAUCCAUACCAUUUUCAGCCUCGAUUAUUUGGAAAGAUAAUACCUGCAAAGUGCAGAUAUGAUGUUUUGUCUACCAAAGUUGAAAUUCGUCUCACAAAAGCUGAGGCAAUUAACUGGAUGUCUCUUGAAUUCUGCAAAGAAAAUUCAGUUACACAGAGGAUAAAUGUGUCAUCAGGAACCAAUCGACCUGCGUAUCCAACCUCAAAACUAAGAUCAGUAGAUUGGGACAAGUUGGAAGCUCAAGUGAAGAAGGAGGAGAAAGAUGAAAAGUUAGACGGUGAUGCUGCUUUGAACAAAUUUUUCCGUGACAUAUAUCAAGAUGCUGACGAAGACACGAGAAGAGCUAUGAGAAAGUCUUUUGUUGAGUCGAAUGGGACAGUGUUGUCCACAAACUGGAAUGAAGUUGGAUCAAAGAAGGUGGAGGGAAGCCCACCUGAUGGUAUGGAGUUGAAGAAAUGGGAAUACUGAGCUAGUCGGAAAAAUAUAAUGCAUGUCCAAUUGUAAUAUUAUCUGCGUACGAUUUUGCCAUAGAAUCAUAUCUAUUUCCCGGCCCUCGAAACCUCUCCUGCCUCUCCUGCUGUGUGAUUGGUUGUGUGGAUAUGUGCAGAUGUCGUGGAAGUGUUUGAAGUUGGACCUUUUUUUGUUCAAUUUUAGGUUGUUUCUUUCUAUUUUUUUCCCCCUUUACUUUUUUGGUUUGGAUUAUGAGUUGUGCUUCACUAAACAAAACUUAUCUAUGAAAUUUAUACUGUGUUAUGUGAA